AUGGAUAGCUCCGGCGCGUCGUCGUCAGCUUCCGAGGCCGAGGCCUCGUCCUCGUCCUCGUCAGCCUUGUACCGCUACCCGGACUGGGUGUUGCUGGGCACCGACACCCUCAUCGACCCCGACGACCACUUCCACGCGACCAGCGCGGGCGCUAUCACCUCCAAGGGCGAGCCCAUCCACGUCUCCUUCCGCGCGGUACCGCCCCCGGGGGUCUCCUCUGUCUACGUGCGCUGGACUCGCGGCAAUCGCAGGUCGGAACCCUUGCCCUCCGUGGCCGCUGCCCACCGCAACUCCAUCCUUCUCAAGCUCCGUCGCGGUUACAACAGUAAAGACCUGUUCGUGUAUACUGCCAGCUCCACCGGGCCGACAUGGCUCCGGCUCCUCCCUGCUUUCGAACGCAAUUAUUACGACGACGAUUACGGCACUUUAUGUAGAAAGUUCAGCCUUAAUCACAUCGAUCUCCUAUGCGAUGGUGGUGGAGAAGAAUUCGUGGUAGCCGAGCUCAAGAUUGAACCAAAAAGCAGAUACUUCUACGGCCGGCGCCGGGACGAUGACGAUACCACUCCGGUGGAAGCUGCGCUCUUGGUGUUCCGGUCCAGCAGCCCGGGGGACAACUGGAAGGCCACACAACCGCGGAUCCGCCAUAAGAAGGGGCAAGGUGAGGAACUGGCCAGCUGGUCGUCCGAUGAGACGGUUCCCUACGGCGAUUCCCUGUGCUACGUUGAUUAUUCCCGCGGCGUCUUCUUCGUGGACGUCCUCAGCGAGUGCCCGGAGCUACGGUACGUCAGCCUACCGGUGAAGAUCCCCACUAUUUGUCCGUACGGCCUCAAAACUCUGACUGACCAUAGCCAGGUGUCCCCGGGACGGUGCCGGCGCUUGUGCGUCACCGAUGGUGGCCGCACCAUGAAGUUCGUCGAGGUCGUCACCACCACCGUCUUCAUGUCCCGCGGCCGUGCCACCGCUUCCGCUUUGUUUACCAUCAACGUGUGGAGGUUGAGACGGGAAGGUAAAUCCAUGACAUGGGAGAAAGAAAGCCACAUGGAAGAUUCAGAGCUCUGGACUCAGCAGGGCUACGGCGAUCUCCCGCGUGUUGCCCCUACGUUGCCCCGUGUGAGCAUGGGGGAGCCUAAUGUCAUCUACCUGACGAUCGAUGCCGACGAGACAUGGGUCAUCAUCGUGGUUGACAUGUUGACCAAGACUCUGCGAUCAUCCUUCAGAUACACGAGAAGUCGGACGCAAUUCCUUGUGAGUUCUCUAAGCACUUGCAUGUGCCUGAGACCAGCUAAUUAA